AUGGGAACUUGUGCUGCUUAGAAAUAGAAAAAAUAAAGACAUGAUGGAGAAUUGUAAUAAGUAGUAGCUCAAGUUAGACUAUCUUAAGACUGUAGUGUAAUCUUGAAGCAAAGAGCAAGCUAAUCGUCUCAUUUAAAUCCUUUUAAAAAUCCAAUUCUCAGUAGAAGAUUGAAAGAGUUGCCUGCCUCACCAAACCCAUAGACUCAACCAGAAUGA